AUGCAGGGAGCCAACCUCUCAGCAGUGACUGAAUUCAUCCUCAUCGGCUUCUCCACCUUCCCCCACCUUCAGCUGAUGUUCUUCCUGCUCUUCCUGCUGAUGUACCUGUUCACGCUGCUGGGGAACCUCUUCAUCAUGGUCACCAUCUGGAGCGAGCGCAGCCUCCACACGCCCAUGUACCUCUUCCUGUGCGCCCUCUCCAUCUCCGAGAUCCUCUACACCGUUGCCAUCAUCCCGCGCAUGCUGGCCGACCUGCUCUCCACCCACCACACCAUCGCCCUCAUGGCCUGUGCCAGCCAGAUGUUCUUCUCCUUCAUGUUUGGCUUCACCCACUCCUUCCUGCUCACCGUCAUGGGCUACGACCGCUACGUGGCCAUCUGCCACCCCCUGCGCUACAACGUGCUCAUGAGUCCCCGUGACUGUGCCUGCCUGGUGGCCUGGUCCUGGGCUGGAGGCUCCAUCGUUGGGUUACUGGUGACAUCUGCCAUUUUCCAACUCACCUUUUGUGGACCCAGUGAGGUCGGCCAUUUUGCUUGUCAUGUGCCCCCACUAUUGAAGUUGGCCUGUGGUACUGAUGUACAAGUAGUGGCCAUGGGCGUGGGCCUGGUGUGUAUCACUGCCCUGCUGGGCUGCUGUCUCCUCAUCCUCCUCUCUUAUGCCUUCAUCGUGGCCGCCAUCUUGAGGAUCCCCUCAGCCGAGGGCCGGCACAAGGCCUUCUCCACGUGUGCGUCCCACCUCACCGUGGUGGUCAUGCACUAUGGCUUUGCCUCUGUCAUCUACCUCAAGCCCAAGGGUCCCCAGUCUCUGGAAGCAGACACUCUGAUGGGCACCACCUACACAGUCCUCACUCCCUUCCUCAGCCCCAUCAUCUUCAGCCUCAGGAACAAGGAGCUGAAGAAUGCCAUGAAAAAGACCUUCCUUAGCAAACUCUACCCAGAAAAAAUGUGAUUAUCUGGGAGGAAUUCCUUCGAAAUAGCUAAAUUGGGUUACCACAUGCUACCUUUAGAGAUGACACCCUGUAAGCAUGUAAUAACCUAUAUUUGUCUGAUGCUUUAUGGUUUACAAGGACCCUGUAGGCAACAUCCAAAUG